AUGGCCGACGCCCCACCACCACUGCAUAUAACCCUCGCCGCGUCGUCCAUGAGCUCCCUCGUCUCGCGCGUGGCCUGCCACCCGCUCGACACGAUCAAGAGCAAGAUGCAGGCGACGAGCCGCGGCUCCGUCACGACAUGUAUCGCAGACACGCUGAAGAAGGAAGGCGCGCGUGGCUUCUACCGAGGGUUAGGUGCGGCCACAAUAAUCGGCGUGCCGGCGGGCGCGCUGUACUUCACGUCCUACGAGGCCUUCAAGAGACGUCUGGGAGACGGGCCGGCCUCCCACUUACUCGCGGGCGUCGGCGCCGAGGCCGUGGCGUGCAUCGUCUUCGUGCCGGUAGACGUGGUCAAGGAGCGGUGCCAGGUCCACGGUUAUACGUCGUCCUACGAGUGCUUCCGGACGGUGCUGAAAAAGGAGGGUGUACAAGCGUUGUACCGCGGCUACGGGCCAACUUUAUAUUCCUUCGGCGCCUUCUCCGGGUUGUACUGGGCCUUCUACGAGCAGCUGCGACCUUCUGGGACGGUCUCGUUCUCCGCAGCGCUGCCCUGCGCGCUGGGCGCGGGCGCUCUUGCGUCGUGGCUCACGGCGCCGCUGGACCUGGCGAAGCUCCGGGUCCAGGUGUAUCAGGGUGCGAAGGGGCCGUCCUUCUUGACAGCGCUGGUGGACGCGUCAAAGGCGGGCCCGCGCGGGCUCUUCCGCGGCGCGGGCGCGCGCGUCUUGUUCAGCGCGCCGUCGAUGGGCGCGUCGAUGGCGUGCUUCGAGCAGGCGAAGAGUUUUCUUUUGUAAUGUUGUUGUUUUGUACUCUUCUUUUGCGUCGGUCGCGUAUAUGCUGGGGCUGAAAAACCCGAUUUGAUUCGCAGCGGCGCGCGCGCGCGCGCAGCGCGUCGCUCCGCGCCUCUCUCGCGCUCAUCCACGACGCCGAGCGGUCACUUGAAACAAGAAUUUCCAUGGCUUUCACCGGUCGACGCCCGGCGCUCGGAGAUAUUGCGAACAAGGAGCCUCAGGAGGCCCUAGCCGGGGCAAAGAGCCCAACUAGGGCAUUACGUUUAAACCACAGAAGUUUAAGGAACCGGCUAAGCGAAGCCAUCGACCCACAGAACAAAAAAUUCGAUCCAGCGCUCAGACGGAGAUGGUUGCGCCUUGCUAAACAAACGCGCUUGGAGAUACGGAAAGAGUGCCACGUCCAGAUCCAUACGCGCAUGGUCAGAGGUGAGGAUGACCAGUUUGCACUGCUGCGGUCCUUGGUUAUGUCACGAGCUCUGCCUGCGAGCAUCGACGAGGAGGCGCCGCUCGAGGACCUCCUCGCCGACGUGCGCGUGUCGCCCAAGACCAAGGCGCAAGACGAGCUCGACGCCGCGCCGGCGCCCCUCGACGACGAUCUCCUGCGCGAGAUCGCGUUCGACGACGGGGGCCGCCCGCGGCCUGCGGCAGACGAAACGAGCGAGGUGUCGGGCGUCACGGUCUCCUCACGCGCUACGUUUGCGUCGCGCGCCACGAGCGCGUACACGGCGAUUCCGACGGCUCACGGGCAGUCUCGAAUGCAGGAGCGCGAAGUAAGCCUGCGCGAUCUCCAGGCUGCGAAGAAGUACGGGACGAUUAAAACCAACCACGUACGGUGCCGGGGCAAAACCAGCCGGCGUUGGAAGAUCGAGCACGGCGGCGUCGUCUACAUCACGGACGAGCAUCAGAAAAAGGUGAUUACGACGUAUAAGAUCCGGCCUCCCGACCCGCCGCCGCCGAUAUGCACGCCGCUGGCACCGAACCCAUCGCUCCCAGCGAGCACGCUCGCACCCGCCGGGCCAUACGGACCGCCGAUACUACUCACGCCGUUACGGAUACGGCCGCUAAUGGGAGGAAUACUCACGCCGAUACGGGAACACCCGGGUGUGCCAGCAUCCUCCUGGUCCCCAGUAGGCGGUCGUUCGAACGGCUGA